GGUCAUCCAAAAACGGAAAAUAAGGUGUUCAUUGAAAACAUCAAUCCGCCACGUCAGUCCUAAUCAAACUUUCUCUCUCUUCUGGAAUUCCGCCAUUGAUUUUCUCUCUCUGCUAGCUUUCAAAUUCGGUUCUUCACACGGUCAAUAGUCAGUUCAGCUCCCUGUUUUCAUUUGCUUAUGCAUAUGAACAUACUUCCGGAUUAAGAAGAGCAGCUAUACUUUGUGGAGGAAAAAGGUGUAUGGUUUCAGGUAAAUGAAGGACAAAGGUUUUAUCUUGGUGAAUUUAGAGUAGAGGAGAAUAAAUGGGCUUUGCGUAUUGUCUUCUCCAGCCGUUUGUGGCACACUCUAGUGAAGCUGUGGCUUUUGGAAUAUUCAAUCAAUCAAACACUUCCAAGGUUUCAAAUAGUAAAUCUCUGGGAAGUUCAAAAUUUUUGUUUAAUACUCUCCCAACAAAGCGUUUAAAGCAAAUUACUGCUAGUAGGGACCAAAGUACCCUCAGUUCAAGGUUGUUGUUCAAUUGUUAUUUGUGCAAUUCCAAUUCAUGUGGGAACAUUAUCUGCCUAAAGACAUACAGGGGAGUACUAUUACCUCGUUGUCAAGGAAAUGAUUCAGUAUCAUAUGUUAAUAAUGGUAAUGUCAGGGAUUCAGAUUCCAGUGAGAGUGAGAGUGAUAGUGAUGGAAGCCCAGGUAUUGAGACUAAUCCCGUUGCAGAAAUUAGCAGUUUGAAAGGGGAACAUGAACAUAAAGAAGAGGAAGAGGCAGCAGAGGAACCUACUUUGGAUGGUUUAAGGGAGCAUUUUCAGAAAGCACUUAAGGAUUUGGAGGUUGCACGCAUUAAUAGCACUAUGUUUGAAGAGAAAGCUCAGAGGAUAUCAGAAGCAGCAAUACUGUUGAAGGACGAAGCAGCAAAUGCCCGCAACGAUGUUAACAAUGUGCUCAAUAGUAUCCGAGAGAUAGUAAAUGAAGAAACUGCAGCUAAAGAAGCCGUACAAAAAGCAACCAUGGCACUUUCUUUGGCUGAGGCAAGGCUUCAGGUGGCAAUGGACUCAUUGGAGGUUUCAAAAGAAAGUAGUGGGUCCCAGGAAACAUCUGGAGAAAGCAAUGGGGAAGCACCAACUACAUCAACAGAGGGCAAUGAACUGCUUUUGGCUGCUCACAAAGAUAUAAGUGAAUGCCAGGAUUGCUUAGCCAAUUGUAUUGAUGAACUGAGGCAAUUACAGAACAGAAAGGAAGAGUUACAAAAGGAAGUAGAAAGGCUAAAUGAGGUUGUAGAGCAAGCAGAAAUGAAUGUUUUUAAGGCUGAGGAAGAUGUGGCAAACAUAAUGCUUUUAGCUGAGCAAGCUGUUGCUUUUGAACUCGAUGCUACACAGCGUGUCAGUGAUGCAGAGAUUGCCUUACAGAAAGCAGAAAAGAGCCUAGCAAUUUCAAAUGUUGAUUCCACAGAAGCUACAAAUGGACAGGUACUAGGUGAGGGGAUUGCUCUUGAGGAUGACGUGAGUGAGGGAAAUAUAUCUGAUGUUGAAAAGCUAGGGGAGGUGCUAGCUGAGGAUGCUUGGGUAACUGCAGAACCAUUAGCAAAUAACCAAUUUGAUAUAACAGGCUAUAAGACUGAUGAAGCACAGUUAUCUGAUGAAAGUGACAAAGAAGAUGGUGAAUUGGAUUCAGAGAAAUCAAAAAAUGCUCAAAGUAAAAAACAGGAAUUGCAGAAGGAGUCAGCCAGGGAUAGCUCACCAUUAAAUGCUCCAAAAUCCUUAUUGAAUAAAUCAUCCCGUUUCUUUUCUGCAUCUUUCUUCUCAUUUUCUGCAGAUGGCGAAGAAUUCACACCAGCUUCAGUUUUUCAUGGUCUUAUAGAAUCAGCAAGGAAAGAAUUACUUAAAUUGGUGGUUGGUUCAUUGCUUUUUGGAGUAGGAAUUUUCUUCUAUAUCAAUCGGGCUGAGCAAAUUUCUAAGCUAUUUCAGCAGCCAGACGCCAUUACUACUAGUAUUGAUGAGGUUUCCAUAAACACAAAGCCCCUAGUCCGACAAAUAAAGAAACUGCCUCUGAAAAUAAAGAAACUGAUGGAUAAGCUUCCUCAUCAAGAGGUAAAUGAGGAGGAAGCUUCCCUUCUUGACAUGCUCUGGUUACUGCUUGCAAGUGUUGUAUUUGUGCCUCUCUUCCAGAAAAUCCCAGGAGGAAGUCCUGUUCUUGGGUACCUGGCUGCUGGAAUCUUGAUUGGACCUCAUGGUCUAUCUAUUAUUCGUCAUGUACAUGGAACCAAGGCAAUAGCUGAAUUUGGAGUUGUCUUCCUGCUAUUUAAUAUUGGACUGGAGCUUUCUGUUGAGAGGCUAAGUUCCAUGAAGAAGUAUGUUUUUGGUUUGGGCACUGCUCAGGUGUUAGUGACAGCUGCAGUGGUUGGCUUGAUAACUCAUGUCGUUGCUGCACAGCCUGGUCCUGCAGCAAUUGUCAUUGGGAAUGGUCUUGCAUUAUCAUCCACAGCUGUUGUCCUCCAGGUGUUGCAGGAACGUGGUGAAAGUACAUCACGACAUGGACGAGCCACAUUUUCUGUAUUACUCUUCCAGGAUUUAGCAGUGGUUGUUUUGCUUAUACUGAUACCUCUUAUUUCACCAAAUUCGUCCAAAGGAGGGGUUGGUUUCCAGGCCAUAGCUGAAGCCCUUGGAGUAGCUGCUGUCAAGGCAAUUGUGGCUAUUACUGCCAUUAUUGCUGGUGGGCGAUUGCUGCUUCGGCCAAUUUAUAGGCAAAUUGCGGAGAAUCAAAAUGCAGAAAUAUUUUCUGCUAAUACACUGCUUGUAAUUCUUGGCACUAGCCUCCUAACUGCCAGGGCUGGCCUUUCUAUGGCUUUGGGUGCAUUUUUGGCCGGUUUACUUCUUGCAGAGACUGAAUUUUCACUACAGGUGGAAUCAGAUAUUGCUCCAUACCGUGGCCUUCUAUUGGGUCUCUUUUUCAUGACGGUUGGAAUGUCCAUUGAUCCCAAGCUUCUCGUUUCAAAUUUCCCAGUUAUUAUGGGUUCACUUGGUCUUCUAAUUGGUGGAAAAACAAUAUUGGUUGCUUUAAUUGGUCGGCUUUUUGGCGUUUCAAUUAUAUCUGCAAUAAGAGUGGGACUCCUACUUGCUCCAGGUGGAGAGUUUGCCUUUGUUGCUUUUGGAGAAGCUGUUAACCAGGGAAUAAUGUCUCCCCAGCUUUCAUCUCUGCUGUUCCUUGUAGUGGGUAUUUCAAUGGCAUUAACGCCAUGGCUGGCUGCUGGAGGCCAAUUAAUAGCAUCUCGUUUCGAGCUUCAUGAUGUGCGAAGUUUGUUACCUGUGGAAAGUGAGACAGAUGAUCUGCAAGAUCAUAUUAUUAUUUGUGGAUUUGGACGUGUGGGUCAGAUCAUUGCACAGCUUCUAUCUGAACGACUGAUUCCUUUUGUUGCUCUUGAUGUUAGAAGUGAUCGAGUUGCAAUUGGACGCGCACUUGAUCUUCCCGUAUACUUUGGUGAUGCUGGUAGCCGAGAGGUACUCCAUAAAGUCGGUGCUGAAAGAGCUUGCGCUGCUGCAGUAACAUUGGAUAGCCCCGGUGCAAAUUACAGAACUGUUUGGGCCCUGAACAAGCAUUUCCCCAACGUAAAGACAUUCGUACGUGCUCAUGAUGUUGAUCACGGCCUCAACUUGGAAAAGGCUGGAGCAACAGCGGUUGUGCCAGAAACCUUGGAACCAAGUCUACAGUUGGCUGCUGCAGUCCUUGCACAAACUAAACUGCCGGUGUCAGAGAUAGCAGCAACGAUCAACGAGUUUCGGUCCCGACACCUAUCUGAGCUAGCCGAGUUAUGUCAAACCACGGGAAGCUCUCUUGGGUAUGGAUAUUCUCGGGUUGUGAAUAAAACCAAACCUCAAUCCUCAGACUUCUCAGAUGAACCAGAAGGUACACUGGCGAUAUAAACCCCAUUUGUUUUGCCAAGAAAGAGGAAAAUGGAGAAAACAGCAUAAAGAAAUGGAGUACGUGCAGAACAAACCAUGAAGAAUUGUAUACUCUACUUGUUCCCAUGCUAUAAUUGUACAGGAAAUUAGCAGCAACAAAGGGGACUGUUGAAUUUUGCACAUCUUUCUGUAAUCUUACAUUCUCAUCACUAAACUAAUUGCAAUGUGAUUACACAAUUAUUAAUUACACUUACCUCGCAUCACUAAA